AAUGGAUAUCUUCACAGCUUUGCGACAAUAUCGAACCAUUCAUACAACACAUACCCAUAUAUCCAUAGGUACCUACUUGGUCGUACGAUUUUAUUUUGUUUAAGACGAAGGUUAGAAGGUGUCAUCCAUUACCAACCAACAAAAAGAUACAAAUCCCCCUUCUGAUGCUCUUGAACACCGGGCUGCGCAUCGCGCAAGUCCAAUCUCAAUUUUUAAGCACGAGGACACAUUCAAUUGUUCCUCUCGUCGCAAGUCGCAUUUCGAAGAGAUCUGCUGCCCCGAUAUACAACUACUACUACCACUGCUACUUAACAAAACCACACCGACGAUUCGCAUCCACGUCCACAACGUCAUCGCCUGCCAAGGAAACCAGCGAACCACCCAAAUCCGUUCCCGAAAUCGUCUUCUCAGGCGGCCCCUUUGAGCCCCUCACGCCCGCCUCCCUUCUCAACCCCCCUGCCACCACCCGUCCACCCCCACUCGACCUACCGGUCCGCGAGCCCUCCGUCUCGCUAAUCAAGCAUCUAUUCCGGCUCGGCAAAGCCUACACCACCUUCUACAAGUCCGGGAUCGUCGCCAUCUACACCAACUACCGCUUACUAACCGCGACCCGACACAAAGACCCCACCCCGGCCUCCGCCAUCCACAUCGAAGCCGUCGGGUACCCUACCCGCGCUGAUGCGCUCCUCUACCACCGCGUCAUCCACGACAUCAAGCGCCUCCCCAUCUUCGGGAUCCUCCUCAUCAUCUGCGGGGAGCUCACCCCCCUCAUCGUCCUCCUCUUCCCGCGCCUCACGCCCUACACCUGCCGCAUACCAAAGCAGAUCGAGUCGAUGCGCGCGUCCGCCGACGCCCGGCGCGCCGCCAGCCUCGCACAGCUACGCUCCAAGCUCGAUUCCCUCAAAGACGGCACCGCCGCCGCCAAGGAAAUCGAGGAGAGUCUCAGCAACGCGCACAUAUGCCGGAGCCUCGGCCUCACCAGCCCGGCGUGGGACAAACUACACCUCCGCUCGCCCUUCACCGGCACCAAGGCGCGCAAGAUGGUCCAGUACCUGGUCGGCGACGACACCGCGCUGCGGAUCAACGGGGGCGUGGACCCGCUGGUCGACGAGGAAGUGGUUCUCGCGUGCGAGGAGCGCGGCAUCAGCGUCUUGCACCAGCCCAUCGACCAAUUGCGGACGCAGCUAGAGAACUGGCUUCGGCAGACGGCCCCUCAUGAUCACCAUCAUCAGAAGCCCAAGUUCCAGCCCAAGCUCAACCACUCAAAGAAGGGAGGGAAGAAGGAGCAUCACGCGCCGCCAAGGGAGAGGUGGGGCCAUGGGAUUGUCGCCGAGAACAAGGUCCGGGAGUUGCUUGUUGGGUUCAACAGCAAAAAGAUAUAGCAAGGUAUAUGAGCUUCCCGGUCACACGAGCAUUAGUCAUCACGAUAGGUAUCAUGAGUAGUUUUCACCUAUGCAUUUGCUGGUAUAUAUACAUAGCAUAUUUGUACGAUAUGGCGGGUUUAAAAAAAAAAGAGUAUUGGUGGACUUAAAACUCGGCUCACAAAAGGAGAGUAGGUAAACAAUACGUACUAUAAAUGACUCACGUGAUUCAAUGAGCA